GAUCCUCUCAGUGCGCACAGCCGCGUGUAGUGCGUAAAGAGUGGGUAAAGAGCCGCACAGAGACCCUCUCCACGGCCGGGAUUACCGCUUCCUCUCCGGCCGCUCAGACUUCUCUCUCAAUGACUCUCGGUUCUUCUCCGUGAUUCUGUUCGCCAUGAGCUGCCUGGAUGUGAUGUACCAAGUGUUUGGACCUCAGCCUUAUUUCAGCUCCUACAGCCCCUAUCACCACCAGAAACUGGCCUUGUACACCAAAAUGCAAGACCCCCAGGACAGCCGCCUCGGCCCCCCCGCCAUCAAGGAGGAGGACAAGGAGCUUCCUCCGGGCGCCGAGUACCUGAGCUCGCGCUGCGUCCUCUUCACUUACUUCCAGGGAGACAUCAGCGCCGUGGUGGACGAACACUUCAGCCGAGCGCUCAGCCAUACGCCUGCAUACCCGGCCUCCAGCAGCCACAAGGCCGUAAGAGAUGGAUCAUUCCCGAUGAACCAGAGAAGUUUCCCUCCGUCCUUCUGGAACAGCUCCUACCAGCCGUCCUCCUCGCUGGGCAGCGCUCUCUCCUCUCCUCACUCAGAGCUCUCGUUCCCUGGGGACCCGUACGCCUCCUCCUCCUCCCUGCACAGCCACCUCCACCAGCCCAGCCCCGACUCCUGGCACCCGUCCCACCACCACCACCAUCACCACCACCACCCUUACUCACUAGGGGGCGCUAUAGGCAGCCAGGGAUCGGCGUACCCGCGUCCGGGGGUUCACGAGAUGUACAGCACGGCGUUCGAUCCUCGGUAUGGAUCCCUGUUGGUGCCGUCGGUGAGGAAUCAUCACCGCAUGACGUCUGGCAGCUCGGUGCCCAGCGCCUCGCCCUGCGACCUGGGGGGGAAAGGAGAGUCAGGGACGAGUUCAUGGAGCGGCGCUUUCACUGGAGCCGGAGCGGAGAUCGGACUCAACAUGGACACAGGUCUUCAGGCACAGGAUAAGAGCAAAGAUUUGUAUUGGUUUUAGAGCCUGCUGAGACUCUUCCUCCCCCCCCCCCCCCUGCUUGACUCCUUUCCUUCACUCCUUUGUUGCUCUUCUGAUAUUAUGGGACAGAGAAAUUGACAAUCUUUCAGACGGCCGUUUUGUGCUGUAACUGCUUCUGGUCUACUUGCAGCUCGGUAUUACGGAGGACUUUGCAGCAGCAGCAGCAGCUAAUUGUGGAUACAAAACGAGCGUGGAAACAAAAGUGGACUCACGGAGGAACGAGAGAAACUGAUCUUGACGGAUGUGCUCAAAGACAAGACUCUUUGUGCCCCUGUAACAGGCAGGGACAACAUUCCUAAACUGGAAAAAGACUGGGGACGGACGGACAGAGACAUGUGUUGUCAAAAAACUCCAAAGACAAGCGCCUGAAGGACUUGGCAGGACUUGCCUCACUGGGACAACUGGGCAACAGACACUGGGAGAGUUGUGGCUGGAGGAAAGGCCGUGUUGGUGUUGAGAAAGGCCGCACAGCAAGAAUUUGGCAGACUGAAAAAAGUCCAAACACUCUGGUUUACAUGGAGUAUUGGUUCAAUGUCAGUAUUUUAUGGCACUGUAAAAGUUAAAUUAAACAGUUUUGACUGAUUACGAAAUA